AUGGAGGCUCUGGGCGUAAAUGCGGCCGCUGUGAGCGCUGCGCUGGCAAGUCCUCUAGGAGUGUCCAUUCCGGGCGGGGGUGGUGGAGGCACAGUUCCUGGAGGAGGCCUGCCUCUUCCACUUCCGCCGUCACCUACAGCAUCCCUCGAUGGCGAUAAGACCAAACUCACCGUAGACUACGGUUACCGGGUCUUCAGAGAAUACGCUCAGAGCAAGGGAAUCAAGGAAGUCGAUAAUCUUCCCGUGGAGGAGAUUGCAGCGCUUCUUCAGACGUUUUAUGACGAAGCGCGAACUCGAGACGGGGUUCCGUUCAGUGCGAACUCUUUGGUAGUCAUUCGCUAUGCCAUCAACCGCUAUUAUCGAUCACCACUCGUAAACCGACAGAUUGACAUCGUACGCGAUCCAGCUUUCCACGAAGCCAACCGUACAUUCAAGAACAUCGUUCGUCGUCUGCACCAGGAAGAAAAACUGAGGGGUCCUGGAGCUGCGCCGCAGCGGGUUCGUUCCAACGUUCUGAGCGAGGACCAGGUGAAGCUUCGUGACUACUUCAUCGCUCAAUUGGCCACGCCACGAGGUCUCCUGCACAAAGUGUGGUUCGAUCUCAGCGGCCACAUGGAUCCGAGAUUAGCGGAUAAGAUUCAGGAGCUGACGAGAGAAACCUUCAAAAUUGCCAGACGAUGGAACCCCGAGAAGAACUGUUCGUUGGCGUCAAUUUACCAAGUAAUGGACAACAGUGAACCCAGCACAUGUAUUUUGACGGAGCGGCCGGGAGACCCUCUGUGUCCGGUUCGGUCUUACGAGGCCUAUCUGGCUCGGAUCAAUCCAAACUGCCAGUCAUUAUUCCAGAGACCGAAAGAUAUAGUGACUCCCGCUGAAACGAUCUGGUUCUACAACUCUCCCUUGGGCAAGACCCUCCUUUCGAAGAUGAUGUCGUCUAUAUCGAAAUGCGCUCAACUGUCGCGCGUUUACGGCAAGUCGCGAACGUGGGCGGCUGCAGGUUUCGGACUGACGAAGCCGAGCGAACAGCCCUCGUCAAGGAGAUCCCAUGGCUCCUCGCAGAAGCAUCACUUGAACAACAAUAAUAAUAACAACAACAACAACAAUGCUAGCAACAACAACAAUAGUCAUCACCACUCAAAUAACAACAUCUACCAACACCAAAGUAGCAACAAUAAUUCGAGUUUGGCGAACAACAAUGGCAGUCACCAUGGCAGCGACUCAUUCUCGGUGAGUAUCGACGUACUCCUUCAGGCGGAGGCGUUGUCCGCAUCCCUCAAUCCGAAGGCGCACGGUCCACUCCUGGGCGUACCGCUGGGCGGUAUGCUACCGAAUCAACAGGCUGCCCUUGCAUCUCUUCUGCCCGUGUGGCAAAGACAUCAGCAACAACAGCAUUCGAACUCGGCCAGGAGCAACGGUGAUCUCGCUGAUAGUGGCAUGGUUAACGUAUGGAUAAGAGACGCACUGCUGAACCACCAACUGUACAACGCGAAGUUCCUGCCCAAUUAUCUAAGACCGUCGGAGCCUUCCCGCGCGCGAUCUGAACUCUCUCUGAACGAGAGUCCGAGCGAAGCGUUCCUCGGUAUGCGCGCGGGACCUUCGAGAGAACCUCGCGCCGAAACUUCGUCCCCCGUAGCGCUGCUGAAGAAAGCCGCCGACGACUUCCCGGACUCUGGCGAGGCAGUUUCCAGGUCCGCCAGUAACAGUCCGGAUGUCCUCAAAACGGAUAACGGGUCUCCCCCGGCAUCCCCCGGCGGAUCGCCGUCUCCAGCAUCGUCCGCUUCGGCUUCUGCGUCCCGGUCGUGCACUCAGUGCUCCGCCAAAUGUGGUACUUCGGUGUACACUCUUAGCGGUCCGCAGUGCACGCAGGAAACGUUUUGUUCUCCCAUGUGUCUCGGCCAAUGGGCUUCCGGUCAAGCCAGACUCAUCUCUCACGGCGACAAUCUGACCGCGAAGCCAGGAGAGAGCAGCCCGUCCGAAGCGGCAAAACUUUGCGAAUACUGUCGGAUCAAUGUGGUUCCGAAGAAUUCGCCGCAUCACAUGGUCGCUGCAGAUAACUCUCUGAUGAGUUUCUGUUGUCUCGAGUGUCUGCAGCUGUUCGACCUAGCGCCGAAACUCUCCAAACGCCGCCGAGGCCUCGAAGAAGCAGACGAUACCCCAAUUCCCUUGAAAUCGCGGAAAGUCCGACCAGUGGUCGAUGAAGAAGAAAAACCUUCGAAGACCGGACGCAAGAAUCCUGCUCCGCAACGCAUCGUUCGUGAACAGGAAGAAGAACCAGUGUCUUACUUGAACGGUUCAGACGGCGAAACAGAGGCAUCCAUGUCUCCCUUAGACUUCAGUACGCGUAAUUAG